AUGGUCACCUCUGACUUUCCUGCUCGCAGGCUACUGGAACAGCUUUCCUUCUCCUGCAUUAUUUUGCAAGAUGGCCACGCGUUCAUUUUGUCAAAUCCUUGCAGGAUUCGUACGCUGAUGAAGGGGGGAAGGCGAUCACCACUAGUCGCCUCUGCGGCUCCUCCGGGAAGCGCAGAGAAGGGAACUGAAGAACAAUCUGACAAUGCCAAGAGGUCAGAACACGAAUACCAAGGGCAGGGGCAUGAGACAAGAGACAAUCCGUUGAACAAAGACAUGUUCAAAGAUUUUUUCAAGCAGAAUUCUUUCGUCUCAAGGUGGAUGGAAGAUGAGAUCCAGGAGCUCGAAUCUUCCAUAGGAUACGAUGUUCCUGGGCAAGGGCAGAUAGUUGAGUACGAUCCAGCCUUCUUGUCGAAGCUGGGAUGGAUGAUCAACUUGCGGGGAACAGUCUUCAGCAUCCCCUUCAUCUACUGGCAGUUCCUGUGGCUCCUUGUUGUCGCCGGAUUGUACGCCUGGGCUGCUGGUCCAAUGCCGGCUGUGAUCGACGCCAUGGGGAUCCAGGGAAUUUCAUGCUCGACAGGUGGACCGAGGCUGAAGCUUCCAAUCCUGAAGCCACAGACGUUUGCUCUAUCACUUGUUGGAGGACUGCUGGGGUUCUUGCUCUCGCUUUUCAAUGCCAACGGGCUAGACAGAUGGUGGAAGACGAGAGAUUGCCUGGGGAUCGUGAUCGGUCGCUCAGUCGACAUCUCCAUGAUGAUCUCCAUCUACAUCAAAGGGUGGGACGCAGAGUCUGAGCGAGUGGCUGCCUGGUACCGAGCUCAGCUCAUCCGCUGGUGCAACCUGGCGCACAUCUUGAUCUACCGCCAGGCGAACAACCAGGACGACCUCACGGAACUGAUCGAGGAUACCAACUACAACCCACCGCGACAGUGGCUGACGAGGGAGGAGCUGGUUCUAUUCGAACCCUCCAAGGCACAAGAAUCCUCUCCGGUCCGAGUGUCCGACUCUCUGACGCGGAGAAGGAAAUUUUUCUCUCAGCAGCUUGCUGCGCGUCCUCGGACGAAAAUCCGUCAGGACCUCAAGUCGUUCGACCCUCCGCUGGUCAGUCGCUAUGUCGUCGUGUACUACUGGAUGGACGAGUUGAUCUCGAAAGCCGCACGCGAGGGUUUGAUCGACAGCGCGAGGCCGGAGGCUCUCUGGAAGUUGCAGGAUAACAUCACUAAGAUGAGGGGAGCGGCGGCAGAUGUUUUCAUGUACUUGUACUGCAAAAUCCCGUACAUCUCGGUUGGGGGAUCAGCUCUCAAGGUUGCCUGGAUGGCGUCGCGCCCGAUCGACUUUAUGCUAGCGAUGCUGAUGAUCUUUUUCAUCAACUUGACGUAUGAGGGGCUUCUUCACAUUCACAUCCGAGUGUGGAACCCCCUCGGCUUCGAUCGCAACGACUUCCCGCAGAGGCGAUACCUCGACUUCGUGUGGACGGCCACCCACCAGUUUUUGCUGCCUAUGAAGAGACUCCUCCCGACCUUUAUGAUCCCCAAUGCUGGAGUUUUUGCGAAGCCCAAGGGUCUGACGAGGAUGCCGCUGCCCAACAUGGCGCAUCCUCCUCCGAGCAAUCCCCAGCACGCCCCCAACCCACCUGAAGCUCAGCCGGAGCAUGCUGCGGAGCCCCACUUUUCGUCCUCGAGGGUCAAGGAUCCUUCAGCGCAGCCAGCGGGUAGGACAGGACAGGGUUACUCGGGUUGGGUAGCGGAGGAGGGAGGUGCCAGGCAAGAUGCUCCGAUGCCCCCAGCACAGGUUGAGCAGGUGGAGAGGGGCAGGCCGAAGGCACAGGGACAGAGCGAGAGGGAGACAGACAUGCUGCAGCAAGCACGAGACGUCAAGAAGAAUCCCGAGGUAUCGGGUAGCGUUUUGCGAGAAACUUCUCAACUGGGUCCGCCGAAGGACGUAGACAAAAUUCCUGGUGCCUUUGAAGAUAAGAGCUAA